GACGAUAUUUAGGGACAGACACAAUGGCGUCUCUCUCAUUGUUAACGUUAUUUCACAAACAAUUGACCGACCAACUCAAGAAGAAACUUUAGACCCACUUGGAGAAGUAGGCGGAGUUAAGCUACCCUGUCCAGUUAGUGAUCAAGACAUGUACAUGAUUAGCGAGUGUUUAAAAAUAGUUUUUAAUCAAACGCUAAAUUGGACACCUGAUACUGAGGAGGCAGCAGCUGCAAUGAAGAGAUUAGGAUAUUUAAUUAGUAUAAUAUUAGUGUCCAUCCCGCCCCAAUUGAGCUCACUUUCAUUACAAUUAAUAACUCACGUUGCAGAGGUGAUAAUUAAUAUUCCUCAAGCUGCAGUCAGUUCGUUAAUCUCGUUGCCAUGCCAACUAAGAGCCACACCUAUAUUAAUGACUGCUUAUCCUAAUCUUUAUCCAAAAGGUGCCGAAGGAGGCGUGGCUAUGGAAGGAGGCAUGGCUAGUGGGAUAGGCAAAGUCUAUGUUUUAAAUAUAGACAGGACGUUUAAAGACAAGAACCUUUCUCCUAUUGUAUCUCUAAUUAAUGCACUCCACAUGAGACUGUCCAGUGAACCAGGGCCUGGCAAGCACUCAGUCUCAACGUUAUUGACGUCACUGAUAACAAUCAGUAGAGCCAACAGCAUCAUAAGAGCCUUCUUAAAGUCUGAGGUAAUAAUAAUAAGUAAAAUAUAA